AUGUUCAACAGAUUUUUAGCCAGAUCAACCUCUCAAAUACUUCAAAAGAGAUUGAUCUCUUCUUCAAUCAAGAGCUCCAAGCCUUUUGCUGGUACCGCUACUUUGCCUACCGGUGGUACAUUGGAAAGUACUUGGCCUUCAGAUUUCAGACAAACCAGACCAAAGACAUGGGAAGAAGGCAGCGAAAGUGCCUUGGAUAAGGCUACCAAGUUCUUCUUAUUGGCUGAAAUGUUUAGAGGGAUGUACAUAUGUCUUGAAAUGUAUUUCAGAGCCCCAUAUACCAUUUACUAUCCAUACGAAAAGGGUCCAAUGUCCCCAAGAUUUAGAGGUGAACACGCUUUAAGAAGAUAUCCAAGCGGUGAAGAAAGAUGUAUUGCCUGUAAAUUGUGUGAAGCUAUCUGUCCUGCCCAAGCAAUCACCAUUGAAGCCGAAGAAAGAGCUGAUGGUUCAAGAAGAACAUAUAAAUACGAUAUCGACAUGACCAAAUGUAUAUACUGUGGUUACUGUCAAGAAAGUUGUCCAGUCGAUGCAAUUGUUGAAACUCCAAACACAGAAUACACUACUCAAACUAGAGAAGAAUUGUUGUACAACAAAGAAAAGUUGUUGGAAAAUGGUGACAAGUGGGAGCAAGAAAUUCAAUACUGUUUGGAUGCUGACGCUCCUUACAGAUGA